GCAUAGUUGCUCAUACUGUCAAUAGAUCGUUGAGCACGAUAGGCCAGGCGAGGCUUGCAUCGACGAUGAGUUCACCUCGCGUGAGAACGACAGGUUCGUUCUCCACGAUAGCAAAGGUUUCGAACCAGGGGAAGAAAAAAACCUCAAAAUAGUCCAAGAUUUUAUGGAACGUCGAAAGAACAUGCCAGAUUUGAAGGAUCAGCUGCAUGCUGUUUGGCUUUGUAUUCAGAUACCCCGUGCGGGCGGACGUUUGCUGGAGACAGGAACGGAGGAUUUCCUGAAAUCGAAACUUGAAGGAACCUUGGGAAACGUCCCCGUUAUCGUCGUCCUUACUAAAUAUGAUAUACUCGUCGAUCGCGUGGAGCGAACUCUAAAUGAAGCCUCUCUCGAUGGAUUGAGCGAAAAAGCUAUCCAAGAACUCGUCAAGGAAGGAGCAGAAACAGAGGUGCAGAACACCUGCAUCGGACCUCUCGAGGAAUUCACAGGGUCUGAUAUUCCCCAUGCCACGAUCUCCACCGCAAAAGGCUACAAGGAGACACUCACCGGCCUGAUCCAAAAAACUGAAACCUGUGUCAAUUUGCAUCUUGAGCCCGAUGCCGCGGUGAUGACCUCCGUCGCUCAGCGAGUGCAUCCUGGACUCAAAAUAAAGGCAUUGAUUAAGAUUGGCAAACAAAGAUAUUGGAAUGCGCUCAUGUCAUGCCCAACGUUCAAGAACAACCAGAUGAAGGAUUGUCUGCGUGUGCUUCAUAACGACAUUGUCGACGUGUGGAACUUCCGUGAUCCUCAUAAGUACUUGCGCAGCCAACAGUUCAGGGAUUUGAUGAUGACAAUGGUCGAUAACAUACAAGCUGAAUCCACCACCACGUCCAUGACAUUUGGGUCGUCCAUGUCCGGCCCUAUUGUGAGCAUGCUGGGCGCCUUAUCGGGACCUGCGGCUCCCAUCGUAGUACCAAUCGCAGCAGUCGCCGUAUUCGUCGCACAAUGGGUUUAUGAGGUAUACCAGAUAUCCGACGUGGUGCUUCAGCGCUUGAUGGCCUACAUCAUGCACUUGACGCUUGUGUUGCAGACACUUUUUUUCGUGUCAAAAAGCCGGGUACUCACUCGUAGGGCCAUCAAACUCGCGGUCAAAUCUUACCUCGCCUCCCCAAUAAAGGAAGAGGUUCUUACUCGGAUUCAGGAUUAUGUCCAGGGAUUGGCUAUCUUGGCACACGCGGAUAAGGAUAUCUUGGAUAAAAUCGAAGAGAUGAUGCAAUUUUACGAGAUGGAUGCGGCACAAGUGUCCGAGCUUGAGGCAAAAAUCCCCGAUGUAGAUUUGUUACCAGACGAGCCAUGGUAAAUUGAGAAGUCGUAGCGCUCGAUUGUUUCUUUCCUGGAUGGUUUUGGGCGUGGACGGUAUCUGAGUGUU